AUGGCUUCAGGCUACGGUUUAACAGGAGGUGUAUCUCGAUGCUUUCCAUUUUGGCAAGAAGUCCUCGCAUGUUACGUUGUUAAUACCACAGAGGAAAAUGAUUCGGGUAAAAAGAAAUGCGCACCAGUUCUGGAGGAUUAUUAUGAAUGUUUGCAUCAUAGAAAAGAGAUAAACAGAGUUAGAAAACUACAGAAGGCAUACCGAGAAUCUGAAGUAGCAAAUCCACGAGCAAACGCGCCAACAGUAGGCCAAAUUCGAAAUCUUGGACUGUUGGGUAAGGAGAGUGAUACUGAAGCGGUCUUGGGAAAAUGA